GCAUGUGCAGAAAUGUCAUCAGUUCCACACAGAAAGCCUAAGUGGAAAUCGAAGAAGACAGUAAACGUCACAAGAUCCUAUCCAACCUUCCCUACCCUGAAUGCCUGGGAAGAAUUCAGGGGCCUCUUUCCUGUGGAUGGGGAACCAAACCCGGGAGUGGGCCUGGGUGUGGAGGAGGGACUGCUCUGCCAGAUGAUUCAUUCUCCAGAAUUCAACUUGUUUCCUGACUCCGUGGUGUUUGAAAGCAACUUUGUCCAGGUCAAAAGGGGCAGGAACUGGAUCGACAUCUGCAAAGCCUCCAACACCAUGGCCCUUGGGGUGACCUCCUCCGUGCCCUGCCUGCCUCUUCCCAACGUCCUCCUCAUGGCCAGUGUCAAAUGGUCCCAGGGGCAGAGCCAGACAUGGAACAGACCAUCCACAGCCCCGGACAUCAUCCUGAAGAGGAUUCUCCCAUUGAAGUUAGUGGAACUCCAGGUGUACGACCACCUUCAGCGCAUUCUGCGCUUGAGAACAGUCACUGAGAAGAUCUACUACCUAAGGCUCCACCCUGACCAUCCUGAGACCGUCUUCCACUUCUGGAUCCGAUUGGUUCAAAUUCUGCAGUACGGUCUGUCCAUCACCACUAAAGACCCUAGGAUUCUUGUCACUCACUGCCUGGUACCCAAGGACGGCUGCAGCCCCUCAGGGGACUCUCAGUUAUUACAGAAGAAACCCCAAGCCUCCCAGCCCAGUGAGAGCCUCAUGCAGCUGAUGGCCAAGGGGGAGAGUGAGGCCCUGUCUCAGAUUUUUGCCGACUUGCACCAGCAGAACCAGUUCAGUUCCAGGAGCAGCAAAAAGAUGGAGACUAACAAGUGCAGCUCAGAGAAAGAUACUCCGGACGAAGACAACAUCCCUUGCACCCGCGACCUCUGUUGGAGGGAUUCAUUCACUUAUGGAGAGUGGGAAAGAGAGAACCCUUCUGGGCCGCAGCCCCUCUCGCUCCUCAGCACUCUGGCAGCCUGCAUUAGGCCUCAGCUGGUCCCACCCAUAGGAAAUUUUAUAUGAGCCACCCUUCCACAUAGGGGAGAAUCCAGACAGUCCUCGCCAAUGCUACUCUGCGGCUUUCAGCUUCCGAGGGACUGUCUCUGAAUGGAGGGGAGGCAAAGCUGCACCCAAAGGAAAACUAGAAUCAUCUCCCAGUGACAGCAGAGCCUUUCCUUGUCCCAGCUGCAGGUAACUCCGCAGCUUCCCCACCUGCCAGCAGCACACCCCACCUCCAUCCCACCACCAGAGUGGGCACAGGGAGAUGU